UAUAAGAGAAGUUGUGUAACUCUCCUGCAAUUUGAUAAACCCUAAUUUGUUUGAUCUGAAUAUGAAUAUGAAGCAACUAAUGAGCAAGCGAACUAUCGAGAAAUUGUCAAAACUCAAAGCUACGGAAAUUCUAUGUCAUUUUCACUCAAAAUCCUCAAUCCCUACCUCCUCUCUUCCACCGUCCACCAGUUGGACCAAAUGCCGAUUUUUCCAAAUUCACAACACACCAAUUCCAAAAUUUGAAUCUUGGAGUGCUAAAAGAUUGAUUCACACAGAUACAGUUACUGAUACACCUGAAGAAAUGGUAAUUGAGACUGAAGAAAUGGUAAUUGAGACUGAGGAUGAUAUUACAAUGAAUGACUUCUUGUCAAGAUUUGUUUGGAUAAUGCGUGGAAAACUCAAGCAAGUAUAUCCAGAUUUUGAGAAAAAAACUAUUGAUGAGAUGCUUUUGGUUAUUGUUGACAAGGUUGUUUCUGAGCUGGAAAAGGGUGGUUUUGAUCAGAUUGUUGGAGGUAAGUCGUCGGAUGAUGAUUUUAGUCACGAUUUGUGGAAGACAGUGUGGGAGGUGAGUAAUGUGGUUUUGGAAGAUAUGGAGAAAGCAAAAAGGAAGGAUAAAAUGAAGAACUUUCUUCAAGCUGAGCAAGUUAAGGAGAUGUGUAGGUUUGCUGGUGAAGUAGGUAUACGUGGAGAUAUGCUAAGGGAGUAUAGGUUCAAAUGGGCACGCGAGAAGAUGGAGGAGACUGAGUUUUAUCACAGUCUUGAACGUUUUAAGGAGGAAGAGCAACAACAACAAGGGACCGAACAUGGUAUUGGUGAAAGUCGUGCUGAGGACCCUAAACUUGUCACUCUUCCAAAAAGGCGUGGCAAAAUUAACUAUAAGAUUUAUGGACUUGAUUUGUCCGAUUCAAAAUGGUCACAAGUGGCUGAUAAGAUUCAUGAGGCUGAGAAAAUCAUAUGCCCUCAAGAACCAAAAAAAAUAGACGGCAAGUGCAAAAUUAUUACUGAAAAAUUACUUUCUUUGCAGGAGGAAGAUGAUUAUUCUCCACUAAUAGCAGAAUGGGUACAACUUCUCCAGCCUAGCAGGGUAGACUGGAUAAAUUUACUUGAUAGAUUGCAGAACCGAAAUCCUAGUCUAUAUUUGAAGAUUGCAGAACAUGUGCUUGGUGAAGAGUCAUUCGAAACAAACAUACGUGACUACUCAAAACUCAUUGAUGCCCAUGCUAGAGAUAACCGGCGAGAAGAUGCCGAGAGAAUUAUCCGAAAGAUGAGAGAGAAUGGAAUUGUACCUGAUAUUCUCACAUCAACAACCAUGGUUCACAUGUACAGCAAAGCAGGUGAUCUGGAUCGAGCAAAAGCCGCAUUUGAGAGCUUGAGAACUCAAGGAUUUCUACCAGACAUGGGGGUUUACAAUUCCAUGAUCCUAGCCUAUGUAAAUGCUGGCGACCCGAAGAAAGGUGAAUCAUUGAUGAAGGAAAUGGAGGUAAGAGACAUGAAACCCUCUAAGAAGAUCUAUAUGGCCCUCCUAAGGUCAUUUUCUCAGCAUGGUGAUGCUAAUGGAGCCCAAAGAAUAGCAACUUCAAUGCAAUUUUCAGGAUUUCAGCCCACUUUAGAGUCAUGUAUGUUACUUGUUGAGGCAUUUGGAAAAGCGGGUGACCCUGAUCAGGCAAGGCAGAAUUUUGAUUACAUGAUUAAACUUGGACACAAGCCAGAUGAUAGAUGCACUGCUACCAUGAUAGCAGCAUAUGAGAAGAAUAACUUGCUGGAUAAAGCCUUAAAUCUUUUAAUAGAGCUUGAGAUAGAUGGCUUUGAGCCUGGGGUGGCUACUUAUUCGGUUUUGGUGGAUUGGUUGAGUAAAAUGCAACUAAUUGAUGAAGCUGAACAACUCUUAGAUAAAAUUGCUGAGCAGGGUGAGGCUCCUCCAUUCAAGGUUCAUAUUAGCCUAUGUGACAUGUAUGCAAGAGCUAAUGUUGAGAAAAAGGCUCUUCAAGCUCUUGGAGUUUUGGAGGCAAAACAAGAGCAGUUGGAACCAGAAGAUUUCGAGAGGAUUAUAUGGUCACUUAUAGCUGGUGGAUUUGUACAAGAUGCUCAAAAGUUCCAAGGAUUGAUGGAAGCUCGGGGAUUUACAGUGUCUGAGCAACUUCAAGUGACACUCAUGGCGUCUCAAACUUUUCUUCGCAGAAGACCAUCUGUAAGAUAAUGUUGAUCGCUUGCAUAAAAGGUAAGUUAGUGCUAUCUAUCUUGGGAGUAGGCUCAUGAAAGUGUGUUUUAGUGUUCUGAAGCCUAUAAGAAUCAAUGGCCUCAUUGUGAUUCUGGAAUCACCAUGAAUUGUCUCCAUUCAUUUAAAGCAGCAAGAUGAUUACUGUUCUUGUCUUCCUGAGCAUUUUACGACCAUGCAGCCUAUUUCUUCUGACUUGUCGUUGUUCUUCGACACAGAAUAACUAAUAGGUUUUGACUUAUAAAUGUCUUCUCCAUUGUUAGAUGCAUCAAUUGUGGUUAUUAUGAUGUUUGUAGAUCUUUCAUUUUUUGAACCUUUUUUUUUCAUAUCCUUGUUACUACUGGGAGUUGAAUUGCCACAUGAUUUGGAUUUUCUUUGAAAUGAACAUUAAAAGACUGAUAAACUGA